UUCUCAGAUUCUCAACCCGGAUGUUGGGAAAAAGAAUUUACAGACGGAUGAAUACCUAUGGGGUUUUGCUACUAAAAGAUAUCUUUGCUUAAAGCCACUUGGCCUUCUUUAUUAUUUUUUUGAAAUUUCAUUAGUUGAAGUUCAAGGAAAAUAGUAUUAUGGUUCAUCUUUUUAAUAUUUUAAGUAUCAUUUCUGUAUAAUGAAGGAACAUUGGAUGAUAUGGACUUUUGGUCAAACUGUUGAUACUGUUGUAAUGAAUCCUCCAUUUGGAACUCGAAGAAAAGGUGCUGAUAUGGAUUUCCUCUCAGUGGCUUUGAAGGUUGCUUCUGGAGCAGUUUAUUCCUUGCACAAGACUUCCACAAGAGGUCAUGUGAAAAAGGCAGCCUUGCGGGACCUUAAUGCUAGUAGUGCUGAGGUUCUAUGCGAGCUUCCAUGUGAUGUUCCACAAUUAUACAAAUUUCAUAAGAAAAAGGAAGUGGAUAUUGCUGUGGACCUCUGGCGAUUUGUUCCAAAAAAGACUCAAAGAGAAGUUACUUAGCAUGUGCAUUGGGGUGUAUCAUAAACAAUAUACAAGUUUGAAAAAUACUUAACAAAUUUACUUCUAUGGAGAAUGGAAGUGACUUUUCUUCA